GACGAGGGAUGGAAGCUGGACCGUACAAAUUACUAUCAGGAAGGAUGGCUGGCCACCGGUAAUGCCCGCGGCCUGGUGGGAGUGACUUUUACCACGUCCCAUUGUCGAACGAGAGCCACGGAACUUCCGCUAAGGGCAAAUUACAACCUUCGAGGGCACCGCAGCGAGGUGAUACUGGUGAAAUGGAACGAACCGUAUCAGAAGUUGGUCUCCUGCGACAGUUCUGGCGUGAUCUUCGUGUGGAUCAAGUUCGAGGGAAGAUGGAGUAUAGAAUUGAUCAACGACAGAAGUACCCCAGUCACGCAUUUCUCGUGGUCCCACGACGGUCGAAUGGCGCUUAUAUGCUACAGGGAUGGUUUCGUGCUGGUUGGCAGCGUUGGUGGCCAGAGGUAUUGGUCAUCGAUGCUGAAUGACAAAGCUACGAUCACGUGUGGUAUUUGGACACCGGAUGACCAACAGGUAUAUUUCGGAACAACAGCUGGACAAUUAAUAGUAAUGGACGUGCAUGGGGCCAUGGUAUCAGAGGUACAAUUGGCAGCUGGUGUCACGUCGAUGGCGUGGAGUGCCGAGAAAUUCACGAUGGAAGAAGGAGACGACGAUUUGACGAACGAUAGAUCUCAUAAAGACGAUCGGAACUACGUGCUAGCCGUCUGCCUGGCUGAUGGGAACAUCAUCAUACUGCGUUCCUUCGACGACGUCUCGCCCAUCACGAUUCGCACGAACCUGAAGGCGCCACUGCACGCAGAAUGGAGCAAUUCGAGGAAGCUGUUGGCGAUCGCCGGGACGAAGGAAUCGGACAACGCUCAGAGCAACCCUCACGAGUACACGAACCUUCUGAAGUUCUAUUCAGUCACAGGCACCCUCGUGUACACCGCUGCGAUACCGUACACGCAGUGUCCUGUAUCGGCGUUGACCUGGGGCCACAACGACAGGAGGCUGUUCGUGGCGACUGGGGCUCGAGUUCACGCGGCUUGGGUGUCUAGACGAGUAGGUUCGCUGCAAUUGUUGUCUCGUUUGACUGUGAGAGCGUUUCUGACAAAAGAGUCCAGUGUCCAGCAGCUGCCACUGCCACCGAGGUUGAGGGCGUCUGUGGCUGCGCUGUUCGCUAGUACGAUAAGAUGUUCCGUACCAGAACCAAAGGAACUAAGGCGCUUCGUGUCACGUCCACCACCAGGGGGCGGAAGAUUGCACUGCACGAUGCUCAGACACGCCGUGGAACCGGUACCAUGUUACACGCUGUACCUGGAAUACCUGGGUGGUCUAGUGCCUCUGCUGAAAGGCAGAAGAACGAGUAAAAUCAGGCCGGAAUUCGUGAUAUUCGAUCCGCAGAGUCAAGACACCCUGCAGGUCGUGGAAGACACGUCACAGUGUCCAUCCUUCAGCGAUGGGUCCGAUACCGAGAGGGACACUGCCGACCUGUGCGGGUCGCCCAGGAACAAAAGGAAAAACAGGCGGAAAAGGGAAGAAAAAUCGAACGAGGAGACCGACGACCUCACUUACGUCGAUACCUUACCCGAGCACGCGAGACUGGUCGAAGUAACGUCCAAUAUCUGGGGCACGAAAUUCAAGUUUCACGGGCUGGCUGAUUCGGUGCCCGCCAACUUAGGUCAGAUUACUUAUCGGACGUCGUUGCUGCACUUGCAGCCGCGACAAAUGACUCUGGUGAUGACUGAGCUACGCGACGACGUGCCUGCAGGUCCAGAUCCGACCUUCAACCCGAACUUGUUCUCCGAGGACGAGGAGGAAUCGUUCCAGGAAUUCCAAGCUGCCUCGAGAAGCACGCCAGAGUCACAGCCCCCACCCAUAGCCCCUAUGACGCCCCGUAACGCGAGACUCAACUCCAAUCGUCCGAAAUCGCAAAUUUCUAAUCAGUUCAUGACGAACGAAGCCUUACCCAGCGCUAUGUCCAGAGUCGAGAACUUCGAGAGCGAGCUGCCCUAUGUAGACCUGCAAGAGGUCGGGAAUCUGUACGAGAACUUGAGAACUGCCCCAACAAACACGUACAGAACGCCACCUAGACACAAUCCGCCAAGAUGUUGCGACGUGCCAGCUCUACAGUCGCCUAAGAAUGCCGUGGCUCCCACUCAGACUAUAAUCGCGACUUCCAACACGGGAACCGACUAUUCCAAUAACAUCCAGAGGAUGAAAACCGCCCUUGCGGAUCAGCCUGGCUUGGUGACCAAGAAGGAACUCGAGAAUAAGAAGUUCAAUCAGAUAUCCCAGGAUGACAAGACAGUCCUGUCCUCCUGUCCCUCUACCAUCAUCCCCAUGUCCAUGCACAACGGCCAGACCCCUAACACGGAGGCGUCCAGCAGCCACGGUUGCACUCAGGGAUCCAUCGUGAACGGUCUGAACACGAGUAGUAGCCCACAGUCUCAAACGAUAUUUCUCAACGGCCUGCACACCAUGGCGUGCUCAAGCAACGUGAACGGAAUUCAGGGUAAAAACAAUCACAACGCCAAUAACACUGUGAACGUUAGCCAAACGACCUCGACGAGUCUGAGAGGUGAGCUUGGGAGCAACGGCCCCUUCAGCAAGAACAGCAUACACCUGUCCAGUAAUCAUUCGCCAGCCUGUUCUUAUCAGUUCCCGGAGAACAUCGAUCAGUGCAUAGGGCAAUCUUGCACCGCCUGCACCACGAAGCUCAAGGAUCCCAAGCACCACGAAUCCUGCGGGAAGACGAGUGCAGCUCAGUCGAGCAGUUGUAGUUCCACGACUGGUCGUGUCGAGGAGAUGCGUUUCAUCGAUGACGAGACACGUGGCGAGGCGGAGGCGUUUGACCAGUCGAGAGGAGUCCAUAGGACUCAGACGGUUGUCAGUAUCGGCCCUCUUUGCGUGAACGACUCCAUCGUGAGAAGUUGCAGUGUCGGGUACUUGGACAUGGUGGACGCGCAACUGGUCCCUUGCGACAUCGCCUUGAAGAUGCUGAGGAAGGAGGCGCCUAACAAGAGACUGGUCCUGGUAUCGAGGAAGACUAAGAGGAGGAAAAAGAGCAAGGCUCAGCAAGAGAUCGGUCAGCAGACCUCCAAGUCGCUGAGGCUUCGUAACUGUGGCAAGUCUAAGAGCUUGGAUUCUAGUGAUAUAUUCCCGGCUAACGAUCAAAUAGCUCUACCACCCAAGCUGCCUGAACACGCCGAAGAAGCGGCGGGAGUUUCGAAUCUUGAAGUCAUCGAAGAUAAAAGUAACGAGUCCUUGGAGAAAUCACCCGAAGCGAUAGAGGUGCCCAGUGAGAGUGCCAAGCACGUUACUACGCCAAUCGUAACUAAUCCUGUUGAAGUUAAGCCGAGCAGAUUGAAGAGCUGUAAUUCACCUGCCAGAGGAUCUAGUCCAAGUGGUUCAUUGGCAUCAUCUUUGGAUGGUCUCGCAGCUCGACUUCGAGAUUUCGAUGAAAGUCACUCUUUGCCACCACCGUCACCUCGUCCAUCCACCAGAUUGCCCAGAAGUUCUCCCAGUAGUCCAGCACCUUCGAAGAAAGGUAAAAGGCCAGCAUCUGCCUCGCCAAUUAGGAGAAGGCUCCUAUCGAGUCCUUUAUUAAGUAGAAAAACGCGAAAAAGCCGAGGCGAAAGUUCAGACGAGGAAGGACAUUUGCAAGACGAUUCGUCGACGAAUUAUAGAGACCUCGAGACGUUCCAAAAGGCACAGUUACGACAAAAGCUAAAGCAGAAAGCAGCAGGGAUGUCUGGCCAUAAAUCAGAAGCAGUAAGACGGGAACUCGUGAUGCACAACAAGGCGCCAGUGUGGAACGAAUCUGGCCAAGUAUACCAGCUCGACUUCGGUGGCAGAGUAACUCAGGAAAGCGCUAAAAACUUCCAAAUAGAAUUCAAAGGCCGUCAGGUCAUGCAAUUUGGGAGGAUAGAUGGGAACGCCUACACAUUGGACUUUCAGUAUCCAUUCAGCGCUUUACAAGCAUUUGCCGUUGCCUUGGCCAAUGUUACACAACGGCUCAAGUAAUCGUUAGUCGCUGGUACUUCAUUUGGUACAAGUUUAUGUGAAAUUGGGAAAGCGAAUACCAAGAAUGCUAUCCGAAACGUAUGCUGUAAUUUACAUAAAUUAUUCGUCCAAAUUAAAAUAAAAGAAGAAAAGAAGAAAACUAGCAAGUGUUAGGGAAGCUAAAACUGUAACAAUACGCUACACAUAGAAAACGAGGGAAAAAUGAAAAACACUUUUAAAUACAGCUUUCGAACACGUAAUAGAGCCACAUGUCUUUCGAUUAUUAAUACAAGUGACGGGCUAGAAUAAAUCACUACGUGAACAAGCAAGAGUUCAGCCAGUCGUCUCGCAGUGAGACAAACGCACCGAAAACUCGAGCAAAACUUGAUUCCAAAAUUUUGUUACCUUUUUCGUUUCAAGGUAAUUAAAUACACCGGGAAUAAUAUACUUACUAAUAUUACUUUUUGCAUUUAUGCACUCAUAUGCAUUUGUUGAUCGACUGAAGUUAAAAGAUUUUAUUGUAUGCAUUUCUUACUUCGCCCAUUCUGAAAGAUCAUUUGUUUAUUAAUUAUUUAAUAAGUAACGUGUAACUUACAAUUGAGAAGACUCUCAGCUAGGUACAUGCAAUAUUUUCCCACAGAUUUUACUUUUCUA